ACAAAAUGGCGCCCAAAUAUUCGUUAAUGAUUAACGAGUAAGACACAGUCAAAGGGAGAUAAACAUUUCAUUUUUUAUUGUUUGUAUAAUGUAUGAUAUCAUCACACACCGCACAUAUUCGUAUUAAGACAUCAUAAUGCGAUAAAUUAGCAUGUAGCUACGCGUCAAGAUAUACCGAAGAUUGUCGAAAAGUACGUAGAUUUGAACAGGUGGAAUUGCUCCUUAAUGCACGAUAUUACAGAUAUAUACCAAAAUGAAAUAUAUGAUACCGGCGCUCCUUAUAAUCGCUUUUCUUGGUGUCACGUCAGCCUACCACUGUUGGACAUGUGACAGUGAGAACGACUACUUUGACGGAGCUACGUGCGCAGACCCCUUCUUCAAGAGUGAUCAGAAUCUGGGCAAACAACAAUGCUCAGGAGACUGCUUCAAAGAGGUCUCGACCGAUGCAAACGGCAAUAAAAAGUAUCGUAGGGGAUGCGAUGCCUGCACUGAAGGAUGCACAACUGUAGGAUCUGUAACGACCUGUCGAUACUGCUGCUACGGAAUGGUCUGCAAUAGCGCCACCAACGUUCGUGUCAACCUGAUAGCCGCUAUUGUGACGUCUAGUUUGGCGACCCUCUAUUACUUUUGUUAACACUGUAGAUUACCGCGUGUUUAUGUUCGAAUGCAAUAGGAUACAGUCCAGUUAAAAAAAAAAAGAGUCAAGACAUACACUUUACUUUUCCUCCACUUUUCACUUUGAUGUUGCAGCCCUGUUAAACCGACUAUAAACCAUGUAAACCGAACGAUAUGAUACUGUCUGAGAUUCGUAGAUUGAAAGUCACUCCCACAGUCAAGGAACAAUCCAAAAUUGAAUCGAAAGUUGGAGAAGAGGGAUGGAAGGGGCUAAACAUGCCAAAGCAUGAAAUCACAAUUCAUUGGUUGUUUUCACUAGUUUAUAACUGUAUGUACUAAAUUUACUAUGCCAUCUCUCUUCAUAUUUUCCGGGGUAAUGUAUAUGAAGAGUUUAGUUGCAAAAGGGGUUAGGUCCACUUUGGACCAUUCCGAGAAAAAACAUGUUUUUUAUUCUCACUUAUUUCAAUAUUCUUAUGAGAAACUAAAUUGCCAUGAUGUACUACCCUAUCAUGUGAACAUAAAAUUGGGUAUAAAAGAAAACUACCUGUCUUCAUAUUUUUAAAGAUAUUAUUUUCCAAAAAAAUUAUGCGUGGACCUAAACUAAACUAAACUGAAAUGGACCUAACCACUUUUGGAAAAAAAAAUGAUUUUACUUUGCCAUUUUAGUUCACUUUUUAAUAGGAAUUUCAACUUUUUUUGGUAUCAUCUUAUAGAGCUACUAAAAAUCUAUCCAUUGAGACAUAAAAAUCAAAUUUGAUGAAAAAUGGACCUAACCCCUUUUGCAAGUGAGCUCUUCAUAUAUCAAUAUUUUUUUUGAUUAAAUUUCAAAAUGAUGUUGUUGUUAUUUAAUGAUGUUAAUUAAUCAUUUGAAUUUUGCCUAUGGCUUUAUAACAGAUUUUUGCAUUAAUUAACACUGUGUAAUACAAACUGUUUACACGAAAUAUGAAUCUUCUUUGAAGCGUCAAAACGACACCAGUUUAGUUUUAGUCUUACACCAAAAUGAUGAUUGAACGGCAGCAGUUAAGCAAAACAAAACAUUUCUAAUGGCGUUACUUUGUUUUCUCUCUCCCCCUCCACCCCCCCCCUCCUCUUUCUCUCUUUCGCGCUCUUUCUCUCUCUCCAUGCUCUGUAAGGUAUGUACAUGUAGAUAUGUGUUUAAUAAAGUCACUUAGAUAAUGAUAGAUGACUUUAAUAUUUUCUUUUCUAUUGAUAAAUAAUUUAUAUAGAAACUAUCUACGAAAAAGAAAAGAUCACUCUUUUAUAAUUCUUUAUUGUUACCUAACUACCACAUUUUCAUCAAUAUUGAGACAUUUUUAAAGCAGCUGUAUAUUUUUGGUAAUAAUAAAAAAUUGAUAGCAACCUUAAGUGCAGAAGUAUAAGCAUGUUUUAUAUUGAUCAAUUAAUACGUCCUAUAAUUUUCCUGAAAUUUGAAGCUGAAAUACGAGAUGCAUGCUAAAAUAUUGGGGCGAAUUAUAUUGAAAUUCCUGUUUAUUAUAUAUGAACGUUUGCUAGGUAUUCUUGUUGUUGGUUACCUGACAUUCGCUCCGGCGACAAUUACUCCACUCUAAAUUCCACACAUUGAAUGACCAACUUAAACACUGGGUUAAACUUUGUACCCUACCAUAAACCCCACAUAAAACCCCAUUGCAACCCAAACCCUAACCCUACAUCUCUGAGGAAAUUAAGCCCGGAGCAAUUGUCGCAGGAGCAAAUGUCGUGUCACCCUAUUGUUACCAACACUCUGCAACAUACGUCCUUUUACUUGUUUUAUAUAUUUGUAAAUACCACAUGACCAUCGAAUAUAAUGAUUUAUUAUGAAAUUGUAGGAUUUUCAUAUUGAAAUUUUUGUUUUUAAUACUACAAUGAAUCAAAUAGAUGUUUGAAACGAUAUGAAAAGUAUGUCGAGUGAUUUUGUCAAGAUCGAUUAAAAAAAGCUUCCAAUAAGCGGAUUUUUUUUGU